UUUUUUGCCAUGGAGUAUCUUCCCGGUGGCGACCUCUUUUCUCUGCUAGCGAAGCAUGGUGAAUUUGAGGAAUCCUGUGCUAUGUUUUACACUGCCUGUGUGGUACUAGGCCUUGAAGAAUUACAUCGGAACAAUAUUCUUCAUAGAGAUCUAAAACCAGAGAAUCUGAUGGUUGACCGAGACGGAUAUCUGAAAAUUGUUGAUUAUGGCCUGAGCAAAGAUGCAUUUGGAAUUGGAGAUCGCACUAGGACCAUGUGUGGAACAAGCUAUUACCUGGCCCCAGAGAUAGUUAUGAGGAAGUCAUACGACAGGGCUGCUGACUGGUGGUCCCUUGGGGUUGUAAUAUAUGUGAUGCUUACGUACCAGGUGAGAACAUUGUCCAGAUUAUCAGCCUGA